AUGGGGGACACGCGAUCCGCUUCUGUACCUGGUAUCGCCAUGUCGGGCUCUGGCGCAACCCCCCACGUCGCGCCAGUUGAAGAGACGCUCCGAUCCGCCUCGUUACCAGGCCCCUGCGACCUGCCCCCGCAUCCCCAGCACAGUCGGAGCACUAGCACCUCGUCCAAUAUUCAGGGUGAGUCUCGGUCGCAUCCCAAUGGAGCCCGGGAUUCGAAACAUAAGGUGUUCUCGUCAGACCAUGGUCACUCCAUGGUGAGUCUGCGUUCGCUGCAGGGUAUUCCCAACAUUGUCGUCAAUGACACGGGAUCGCGCCCCAGCUCCCGUCCUGGCUCUCGCCCCGGUUCUCGAUGGUCGGAAAGAUGGGGAGGACUAAGGGGGAAGAGGUCAACCGAGUUCGACCCGGAUUCACCACCCCCCGUGCCUCAGAUAGAGGCUCCGUUUAGUGGAAUCGCUUUGGAUAUCCCCACCCCCUCUCUCGAAGGCCUCGGUCCGCAGUCGAUGAGGUUUUCGAAGCGCGGAAGUCUGAUCAAUGAGGAGGAGCGGAAACAAGUGCAGCGGGAGAUCCAAGAGCAAAGAAGGCGCAAAAUGCAGGAACGGCCCUCAGAAGAAAUUCCAUGCACAGAGGCGGUAUCGGCAGAACAGCCACCUGCGACAGAUCCUGCCUCGGUCGAAGCAGAUGAUGACUCGGAGGUAGAGAUUACAGAAAUGCCACGUAGGCGGGUGAAACCAGCAUCUUUGCUUCGGGUCCGGCAGAGUGCCAUUUCUAGCCGAACGAUCUCCGCCGAUGAGGAUAUGCUAUCGCGUCGAGUCAGGCUGAUGUAUGAAAAGGGCGAGGAGAACGUGACGGACAUGGAGGUGGCCAAAUCUAUGGCCCUGGAGAACGGAGUGUUGUGGGAGGAAGCCGGGGCCACAAGUACGGAGACCUCUCGCCUUUCCGGUCCUAGUUUGUCAGGGGCAGAGAGCAAGAGUAUGGUGUCGUUGGUUGGGCCGGACAAUCAAUCACCGAUCAAACGAGAGGCGCAUGAGUUAGCUGGGGGCAUUGAGUAUUGGCAGGAUAUCAAAGCUGGAGAUGUGGACCGAUACGGGUUCAUUCGCUCGCCGACGGCGAAUUCCAACAAUGGCACCGAGCCCAAUCCGAUCCAGCGAGUGUCGACCAGCCUACUUCAGGCUUCAGAGACUCCGCGGCGGAAAUUACCGAUUCGGCCGCCAUCAGCGCUGACCAGCAGCCGCUCGCUCUCCAGCCGGACGCCUUCGCGGAAGAUUUCCGAGCCAUCCAUCCGUCCCUCCUCGUCGCAAAGCAUGUAUAGCGCGCCGCUGCGGCGGUCUACGUCCCGGUUCCGCCAGGCAACCAAUUUCCUACCACAUAAUCGCGACCGCCGGUUCAAAGACGAGGCAGGUGACAUGCUCACCUUCCCAACCGACACUACUCCCAAGAGCAAAGCCGAGACGGCAGCAAUCCGCGCUGCCAAGAAGAAAGAGUGGGAGAGAGAGGACAAAUGGACAAAAAUGGCCAGACCGACGAAGAAGACGGCCCACGGCGGUGGGAUGUCGUUCGAGUUCGACACUCAAAGCUCCAAACUCAUCGAGCGCACCUGGAAGGGCAUCCCAGACCGCUGGCGCGCCACUGCCUGGUACUCCUUCCUCGAGGCGAGCGCCAGAAGGCACAGCGACAGCCCGACCGAAGAAGACCUGGUCGAAGCAUACAAUGACUACCAGCUGAUUUCGUCCCCGGAUGAUGUGCAGAUCGACAUCGAUGUCCCACGGACCAUCACGAGUCAUAUAAUGUUUCGCCGCCGCUAUCGCGGUGGCCAGCGGUUGCUGUUCCGCGUACUGCACGCCAUGUCGCUCUACUUCCCCGACACUGGCUACGUUCAAGGCAUGGCCGCGCUGGCGGCAACCCUUCUUGCCUAUUACGACGAAGAGCAUGCAUUCAUAAUGCUGGUCCGAUUAUGGCACUUGCGAGGGUUGGAACACUUGUAUCGGUCCGGCUUCACGGGCCUCAUGGAGGCCCUUGGAGAUUUCGAGCGAGAGUGGUUGGGGAAGGGAGAAGUGGCCGCAAAACUGAAUGAACUGGGGAUUCCCCCGACUGCAUACGGCACUCGUUGGUAUCUCACCCUGUUCAAUUACUCGAUCCCGUUUCCGGCUCAACUGCGCGUGUGGGAUGUGUUCAUGCUCCUGGGCGAUGCCGACGAGCGGAGCAUUAUCGGCGCUCCGGGCAAUGGCGCAAAGACCGAAACGAACAGCGCCAGUGCCUUUGGGAAGGGGUUGGACGUGCUCCACGCGAGCUCGGCCGCUCUCAUUGACGGCAUGCGAGAGAUCAUCCUUGACUCGGACUUUGAGAAUGCCAUGAAAGUUCUCACCAGCUGGGUCCCGAUCAAGGACGUGGAACUAUUCAUGCGAGUCGCCAAAGCAGAAUGGAAAGUCCAUCGCCGCAAAAAAACCGCCCAAGGUUGA